UAAAAGGCCGGAAAUGGUAUUAUGUUACAAUUUGUUUCAACUGUCCAUCGUACUUAUCAAUUGCACCGUCAGGUGUCUUUACCUAAUUAUUCGUAUAUGUAACUCGCGUAGGAACUCCACGCACCUUUUUUUAUAAUAGUGUACCUCUGCUAAAAAUGGGUAAUAUCAGAUCAAUACUUCCUCUAUCCAUGAAAUACCUUAUGAUCAGAUAUGUUAGCAAAAUAAAUUGAACUUGAAAUAGUGGCAAAAAUAGUUAAAAUCGGUCAAAGAUUGAGCUUCCAUAUACUAUACAUAAUGAGUUUCGUUAUGCUAGUGGACUGAAAUAUAUAUACACCCGAACUUAACCCUUCUUACUUGUUUCAUAAUAAAAUAAAUCUAUGUAGCCUUUUUUUAGGUAUCGACUUUAAGAUUAGAACAAUUGAAUUUGAUGGGAAGAAAUUUAAACUUCAAAUGGGACACCGCAGGCCAAGAACGUUUUCGGACAAUAACAACAGCGUAUUAUAGAGGUGCUAUGGUCAUGUUGGUAUACGAUAUAACGCAGGCAAAAUCCUUUGAAAAUAUUAAAACCUGGAUUCGCAAUAUAGAAGAAAAUGCGUCCGCUGACGUAGAUAAGAUGCUUCUGGGUAAUAAAUGUGAAUUAACUGAUAAGCGUCAGGUUUCUCGAGAGCGAGGUGAGCAACUGGCUAUAGAAUAUGGAAUAAAAUUUAUGGAGACAUCUGCUAAAGCUAGUAUCAAUGUGGAAGAAGCUUUCCUAACAUUGGCCAGCGACAUUAAAGCGAAAAUGGAGAAGCGUUUGGAAGCAAAUAAUUUCCCAAAAGGUGGUCAUCAACUAAAAUUCGCGGAGACUCGGAAAACGGAAACUUGGCUUUCGAAAUGUAAUCUGCUUUGACGAGGUCAUAUUCGCACACCAUAAUAUACAAAUAAUUCUCAGAUGUUUAAACGUUAAGUGGGUUUUAUAAUCAAAAGAACUUCUAUUAAGGAUUUCAAUAAUUUACAAUAAAGUAUACGUAGCCAUAAGUAUACUUACUUAACAUUCUCUUAUAGUAAAUGGGACCGUCUUAUUAACGUUCGUUUGCCUAGUUGCAGUUGUGUUAAACCAUUUUUUUGUGUCAGGGACAUGUAUGAAGACCAAGUAUCCUCUGGGUAGCCAACAGACAUCCGUCUGGAAGCGAGCUAAAGUGAGAAGGCGAAUCCCGCUUAUGCGGUUGUGCGUAGGGCUUGGGACCCACCACAUAAAAACGAAUAACCAGUGAAUAAGAAACACAAUCCUCGGAUGAGAAACCCCCCUUUUGAUGACGACCACGGCAAACGUACUAUGAUUUAAGGGCAUGCACCUGGAAUGUCCGGACCCUUAAUUGGGAAGGUGUCUCUGCCCAGCUGGUUGAUGUCCUCGUAAGAGUAAAGGCUGACAUCACCGCAAUCCA